GCUCUGCGGAGCGCUGAGUGGGUGGCUGGUCAGUCCACUCCGAAGCCGUCUCUUAUCUGGGGACGUGUCUUUGAACUCAGGUGCUGGACAUCGCAGCGCCAGAAGGAGACGGGUGGGGGUGGGGUAGAUCCCGCGGUCUUGGCAGCAGGAGCGCCCGGGCAAUUGCACGCUGACCUGCGGGAGGGAGGGACGGAGCGGGACGCAGCGCACCGCACUGCCCUCGCCGGCGCUGCACCUGCCCUCAUUGAAAAAAGUCGCCCUCCACUUGGUGCCGGCGGCACCCCAGUCGCCGCUCGCGUCGGACAGCUCUGGGGGUUCUCCCUGCGGUCUUCGGGGGAGGACGGGGCGUGGCAGAGGACCUGGGGCGGGACUGCGACGCCAGGGUCCCUUUCGCUUUCGCUUUGUUUUCUCCAACGGCGGCCGAGGCUCCGCGCCGGCGAGGAGAGGGCGGCUUCCCGGAAGCUGCCGACUGUGCCCGCGCCCGCGCCCCCAGGCUCGCGGGCACACCGCUUUCCCGGCUCCGCGCGCAGAUUGCGCCACGUGGCCUUGACCCCUGUACUCCCUGCAGCUCCUGCGGACGCCUGGACAAGUCGACUCGCACGCUGGAAGUGAAUGAGUUGCCGGGUCGCCCCGCGACCUGGAAGCCCCCCACGUCAUGCAAUCCCCGCCCGACUGGCCCCCGAAGCCCGGCGCCCUACGGCCCUCGCCCUUCCCGCACCCUGUGCUGGACAUCCUCCACGGCCUAGCCUGCGCGCUGCUCUUCCCAGCCUACUGGAUCCUGGACCAGCUGCUGGGCUUCUGGGCGCGGGCGACGCGCCGGAGUGGCCCGAGGUGGCUGAAAGCAGUGGCGGGCGUCGGUGCGUCUCUGCUGCUGCUGCCGCUGCUGCUGCUCGUCGGCCUGCCCCUGGCACUGCCGGGCUUCUUGCUUUGGCUGCUGCUGCAGGCCUGGCGCCGCCCCUUCUGUUACCAGCCCCCUCCGGAGUGCUGGACGCCCCCCACGCCCUGGCGACCCCCAGCUGAGCCCGCGCGCUGCUUCGGCUUCCUCAGCGCCAACCUGUGUCUGCUCCCCGACGGGCUGGCGCGCUUCAGCAACUUGCAGCACAGCCAGCGGCGGGCCGAGGCCUUGGGCGCCGUGCUGCUCGCCGGUCUGCGUUCCUCGCGCUAUGGGGCUACUGGCUGCAGCUCGCCAGGGCCAGAGGCGCCGUCUGGGGUGCUGAUAGCCGCGGUGCCGGCGGGUCUGGACUUCGUGUGCCUACAGGAGGUGUUCGAUCUGCGCGCGGCGCGCAGACUGGUAAACUGCCUGGCGCCCAAUCUGGGCCCGGUGCUGUACGACGUGGGCACGUUCGGCCUGCAGCCCGGGCCGCACCUUAAGCUGCUAGGCAGCGGGCUGCUGCUGGCCUCGCGCUACCCGCUGCUGCGCGCCGCCUUCUGGUGUUUCCCCCAUGCGCGUCGCGAGGACGCGCUGGCCUCCAAGGGACUGCUUUCCGCACAGGUACAACUGGGCAUCCUAGAUGGGCGACGCGUCGUGGGCUUCCUGCAUUGCACGCACUUGCAUGCGCCGAAUGAGGAUGGGCCCUUGCGCUGUCAACAGCUCACGCUGCUGCUAGACUGGGCCGAGCAGUUUGAGGCCGAGAGCCGUCAGAGCGACGAAGCCGUGGCCUUCAGCGUGCUGCUGGGGGACCUGAACUUCGACAACUGCUCACCAGGUAAGCGGAGGCUGCGGCAGAGCGUGGCCGCGCGGCCUGGCCCCGCCCACCCAGCGCCGGUUUCCCUCCCCAGACCAUGCGCAGGAGCAGAAGCACCAGCUCUUCAGCCGCUUUCAGGACCCCUGCCGGCUGGGCACGCGCCGGGAGCAGCCCUGGGCCGUGGGUACGGCACCGGGGUGGGGGAUGGACAUAGGGAGGGAUCCACGGCCGAGGCUCCCGCUGAUACUGCCCUCCCACGCCCUCACAGGAACUAUACUGAACGCCUCCACGCUCUGCCACUCGGUGGCCUGCUCCCCGGAGAUGCUGAGGAGGUGAGUGGCAACCUGGGGGCCAGACACCGCCUAGAACGAGAGUGCCCUAGCCUUGUGACACAGCCCCUCCUCAGGGCCCUGGAGCAGAAGGAAGGGCGCCGUCGCUACCUGGCAGGCCCUCCCAGCGGAAGCCACCGGGCUAAGCCCUGGAAGGGACGGCGCGUGGACUACAUCACGUAUCGGGGAGUGCCCGGAGGCCCUCUGAGCCCAGUAAGUGGCAGAACUCAGGGCGCCGGGUCAGCUGGCGCUGGGGCAACUCCUCAACCUGACUCCCACCCCCAGGAGGUGGAACAGGUGACAUUCAGCACCGCCCUGGCAGGGCUCACAGACCACCUGGCCGUGGGACUUCGGCUCCGAGUUGCGAUGUCUUCCUAA